UCGGACACCGCGCACAGUCCGCAGAAGGGAGCGAUGAACCGAGUGCGAUUGAUACCAGACUGAGCACGGGUGGAGGACUUGGGAACUCGAAACAGUUCUGAUACAGAGGGAGGAAUGGUGUUGCGUCUACUACUGCUGGCCCUCCUGUGUGGAGGGGUCUCCGCAGGCUUUCACUCUCUCCGUUAUUUCUCCACGGCGGUGACCCCGGGGUCGGGGGUCCCUGAGUUCAUUACCGUCAGGUAUGUGGAUGAGUUGUUGAUCAGUUACUACGACAGUGAGUUGAGACGGACGGUUCCCCGUCAGCAGUGGAUGGCGGAGACUCAGGGACCUGACUACUGGGAACGGGAGACAAGGAUCUCUCAGGGCGAUGAGCAGUGGGCCCAGGCCAAAAUCCAGACCCUCAUGAACCGGACCAACCAGACGAGUGGGAUCCACUUUCUCCAGAGGAUGUCCGGCUGUGAGCUCCGUAAUGACGGGACCACUGCCGGGUUCCUGCAGUACGGCUGGGACGGGUCAGACUUCAUCCACUUCCACAAGGACCGGAUGGUGUGGGUGACCCCUGUGCCCUGGGGUAUCAUCACUAAGAACAAGUGGGACCGGGACACGGCCAUGAACCAGGGUUGGAAGGGAUACCUGGAGCACACCUGCAUCGAAUGGCUGAUGAAAUACGUCAAGACCGGGGGGAGUCACCUGAAACCCAAUCCCCCUGAAGUCUCGUUCACCGCCUCCGAGGACGGCCGCCAGCUCUCCUGUGUGGCUACUGGAUUCUACCCUCAGUACAUCGACGUGACUAUUCUGCGGGACGGCCGGAUCCUGGAGGAGAUCCAUUUCCAUGGGAUCCUCCCCAACCACGACAACACCUACCAGCUGACCAGGACGGUGCGGGUGGAGCCCACGGACACAGCAAAGUUCUCCUGUCGGGUGGAACACCGGGGUCUCCCCGAGCCCCUCGUCCUGUUCCUCGAUCCAGUUCCAGGCUUUCACUCUCUCCGUUAUUUCUCCACGGCGGUGACCCCGGGGUCGGGGGUCCCUGAGUUCAUUACCGUCAGGUAUGUGGAUGAGUUGUUGAUCAGUUACUACGACAGUGUGUUGAGACGGUCGGUUCCCCGUCAGCAGUGGAUGGCGGAGACUCAGGGACCUGACUACUGGGAACGGGAGACAAGGAUCUCUCAGGGCGAUGAGCAGUGGGCCCAGGCCGAAAUCCAGACCCUCAUGUACCGGACCAACCAGACGAGUGGGAUCCACUUUCUCCAGAGGAUGUCCGGCUGUGAGCUCCGUGACGACGGGACCACUGCCGGGUUCCUGCAGUACGGCUGGGAUGGGUCAGACUUCAUCCUCUUCGACAAGGACCGGAUGGUGUGGGUGACCCCUGUGCCCUGGGGUAUCAUCACUAAGAACAAGUGGGACCGGGACACAGCCAUGAACCAGGGUUGGAAGGGAUACCUGGAGCACACCUGCAUCGAAUGGCUGAUGAAAUAUGUCAAGGCCGGGGGGAGUCACCUUGAACCCAAUCCCCCUGAAGUCUCGUUCACCGCCUCCGAGGAUGGCCGCCAGCUCUCCUGUGUGGCCACUGGAUUCUACCCUCAGUACAUCGACGUGACUAUUCUGCGGGACGGCCGGAUCCUGGAGGAGAUCCAUUUCCAUGGGAUCCUCCCCAACCACGACAACACCUACCAGCUGACCAGGACGGUGCGGGUGGAGCCCACGGACACAGCAAAGUUCUCCUGUCGGGUGGAACACCGGGGUCUCCCCGAGCCCCUCGUCCUGUUCCUCGAUCCAGUUCCAGGCUUUCACUCUCUCCGUUAUUUCUCCACGGCGGUGACCCCGGGGUCGGGGGUCCCUGAGUUCAUUACCGUCAGGUAUGUGGAUGAGUUGUUGAUCAGUUACUACGACAGUGAGUUGAGACGGUCGGUUCCCCGUCAGCAGUGGAUGGCGGAGACUCAGGGACCUGACUACUGGGAACGGGAGACAAGGAUCUCUCAGGGCGAUGAGCAGUGGGCCCAGGCCGAAAUCCAGACCCUCAUGUACCGGACCAACCAGACGAGUGGGAUCCACUUUCUCCAGAGGAUGUCCGGCUGUGAGCUCCGUGACGACGGGACCACUGCCGGGUUCCUGCAGUACGGCUGGGACGGGUCAGACUUCAUCCUCUUCGACAAGGACCGGAUGGUGUGGGUGACCCCUGUGCCCUGGGGUAUCAUCACUAAGAACAAGUGGGACCGGGACAUGGCCAUGAACCAGGGUUGGAAGGGAUACCUGGAGCACACCUGCAUCGAAUGGCUGAUGAAAUAUGUCAAGGCCGGGGGGAGUCACCUUGAACCCAAUCCCCCUGAAGUCUCGUUCACCGCCUCCGAGGCCGGCCGCCAGCUCUCCUGUGUGGCUACUGGCUUCUACCCUCAGUCCAUCGACGUGACUAUUCUGCGGAACGGCCGGAUCCUGGAGGAGACCCAUUCCCACGGGAUCCUCCCCAAUCACGACAACACCUACCAGCUGACCAGGACGGUGCGGGUGGAGCCCACGGACACAGCAAAGUUCUCCUGUCGGGUGGAACACCGGGGUCUCCCCGAGCCCCUCGUCCUGUUCCUCGCUUCUGACAAAGGAGAAUCCUCCUCCAACUCCUCUGCCAUGGCCUGAGAAAAUUCAAUUCACAGCAAGAUGUUGAUGAAGAGAUCAAGGGGAACAGAAUGUAAUCCUGGGGCUUCGGAUGAUUAACGAGUUAACCUUUGAUUUGGGCAUUGACCCACAUGCUUGGGAAUACUGAUAAUUUGCUGAUUCACUGCAGGAGCCAGACUAUAAUGCUGCUUUUCAUAGAAAGCUGAAAGCUGAAUCACUUUAAUGUGUUUGGGAUGAAGUGAAGGGGUUUAGUGCGGAACAGCUGUGACCCACAGCUCAGUCCUGGUCAGCAUCUGGAGACUCACAGCUGGGUGAAUAGAUUUGCUCAUUCAGUCAAUUUGACUGUUGACCGAGAGUGGCUUCUGGCCCCUGUGGGAUGGGAGGGGAGUGGGUGGUAGGUCCUGGAGUUAAGGUGUCACUUUGACCCAUGGGCUGUGGGGGUGAUCACAGGGAGAUCUGGAAAUGUGACUUUUAUGCCGGGGGAGUGGGAGGUAGGGAGGGAAGUGUUUGUUUGUGCUUUACUGUCAAGGCUCUUUAAUACUGAAUCCAAAUA